UUUUGUAGAGGUUUCAGCAUGAUGCCGUGUUCUUCGAAAGCUUAAUUAAGCACUGCGGUUAUGUCUGUACAUGAGACGAGUUGCACAGGGUCGCCCGAACAUGAGAAGCGAUUGUGAUUGAUACUCUUGGCUCGUGUACAAUGGGGAACCUGGUUACAGUGACCUCCUACAGAGCCUCUGACGGAGACUGGGAUUAUGUUUACCUGCAUCCGUGCCUGCAAUGUGACCCGUUUGGGGCUCUGCUCAAUUUGAAACAGGCCAGUCUGUCCAUCUGGGGAUGGGGGGGUCUGGGAGUCGUGCUCUUCCUCAUCACAUUCGGACCUUUUGCUAUCUUUUACCUGGCGUUUUAUAUCUUCUGUUUUGUUGGCGGGGGCUUUGCCGUCACCCUUUUGUUUGGAAAGACAAACUCAGAGAAACACCUAGAGAAGUGCGAACACUCCUAUCUGCCUCCCACACCAACUGGCAUAGCAAAGACUUUAGAAGAGCUGAAGCAAGAAACCAAGCAAAUAAAGAUCGACCGGCGCCUGACGGGAUCCAACAUCAUCGACGAGCCGCUGCAGCAGGUGAUCCAGUUUGCGCUGAGGGACUAUAUCCAGUACUGGUAUUACACCCUGAGUGAGGACGAGUCCUUCCUGCUGGAAAUCAGGCAGACGGUGCAGAAUGCUCUCGUCCAGUUCUCCACAAGGUCUAAAGAGGUGGACUGGCAGCCUUAUUUCACCACAAGACUGGUGGACGAUUUCGCCACCCACCUCCGCGUCUUCAGAAAGGCCCAGGAGAGACUAAACGAGAGAGACGACCUCAAACAGCGUGACGCCCCUGAGGAGCUGUUGGAUGCGUUCUUCGAGGCGGAGGUGGAGAUGGAGAGGAAAAUCUGCAGGGACAUGGUGUGUACCUCCCACAAGGACGAGGAAGGUUUCCUGCGGGAUCUGUGUGAGGUGCUGCUGUAUCUGUUACUACCUCCUGGAGACUUCCACAACAAGAACAUGAGAUACUUCCUCAGGGAAAUUUUGGCGAGAGGAGUUCUGCUACCACUGAUUAACCAACUGAGUGAUCCAGAUUAUAUCAAUCAGUUUGUCAUCUGGAUGAUCCGGGACUCCAGCUGCAACUACGAAGCCUUCAUGAACAUCCUCAAGCUGACCGACAAGCCGGCCGAACUGGAGGCCGUCAAAGACAAAGUGCUGGAGGAGCUCCAGUACCUCCGCUCAUUAGAUACAGCGGGAGACGAUAUUAAUGUGAUCAAGAAUCAAAUCAACAGUUUACUGUUUGUGAAAAAAGUCUGCGAAACAAGAAUACAAAGGCUACAAUCAGGGAAGGAAGUUGAUGCUUUGAAGCUUGCAGCCAAUUUUGGGAAGUUGUGUAUAAUCCCACUGGAUCAUAUCCUGGUGCAUAAUAUAGCUCUGCAGUUCUUUAUGGACUACAUGCAGCACAUGGGGGGUCAGGCGGACCUGUUCUUCUGGCUGACUGUGGAAGGAUACCGGGUAACAGCACAGCAGCAGCUGGAGGUCAUGCAGAGCUGGCAGAAGGACGGCAAGAAGCAGAGCAGCCAGACUAAAGGCCUGCUGAAAGCUGCUGCUCUGGGUGUUUAUGAGCAGUACCUCUCUGAAAAGGCUUCUCCCAGAGUGCAGGUGGAUGAAGCUUCUCUGAACAGACUGGCGGAGAAACUCAACAAAGAGGAUCCAACUCCAGAGAUAUUUGAUGACAUCCAGAGAAAGGUUUACGAUAUGAUGUUGAGGGACGAGCGGUUCUACCCGUCCUUUCGGCAGCAUCCUCUGUAUGUGCGCAUGCUGGCAGAGCUGGACAUGCUGAAGGAGCCCAGCUACCGAGGCUCAGAUGAUGGAGACGGAGAGUCCUUCAAUGGAUCCCCAACUGGGAGUAUUAAUUUGUCAUUGGAUGACCUCACUAAUGCUGCCAUGGAUGAGUCCCUACAGCUACAUGCUUUUAUCUCUGAUACUGUAGCUGAUGCUUCUCUAAACCAAAUUCCUGUGCCAGGCGUGUGUAACGACCACGGGAAGACUUACGCUCUCUACGCCAUCACCGUCUUCCGCAAGAACCCGGACGGCAGCGAGGACACGUGGAAGACCUACCGCCGCUACAGCGACUUCCACGACUUCCACAUGCGCAUCACAGAGCAGUUUGAGAACCUCAACUCGAUAUUAAAACUUCCCGGGAAGAAAACGUUCAACAACAUGGACAGGGACUUCUUGGAGAAGAGGAAAAAGGACCUCAAUGCUUACCUGCAGCUUCUUUUAAAUCCAGAGAUGGUGAAAGCUUGCCCCAGCCUCCUGCCAUAUAUCCACGAUUUCCUGGAGAACAAGGCUUACAGCAAGGGCAAGGGUGACUUUGCGCGAAAGAUGGACACGUUUGUGAAUCCUCUGCGCAGCUCCAUGCGGAACGUGUCGAAUGCUGUGAAGUCUUUUCCCGACAGUCUGGCAGAAGGAAUGACCAAAAUGUCAGAUAACAUGGGCCGCAUGUCCGAGAGGCUGGGUCAGGACAUCAAACAGUCCAUAUUCAAGGUGCCGCCCAUGCUUCCGAAGUCAGACAUCGACCCCGAGCACUGCAGAGUUUCCGCCCAGCUGGACGACAAUGUGGAUGAUAACAUCCCGCUGCGUGUGAUGCUGCUGCUGAUGGACGAGGUGUUUGACCUGAAGGAGAGGAACCAGUGGCUGCGGAGGAACAUCAAGAAUCUUCUGCAGCAGCUCAUCAGAGCAACCUAUGGAGACACCAUCAACAGGAAAAUUGUGGAUCAUGUAGACUUCAUGACUUCUCCUGAACAAGUAGCCGACUAUGUAAAGAGAUUUAGAGAUUCCUACUGGCCAAACGGGAUCCUGGCGGAGACGCCGCCUCGCAGAGACAAGAGCAUCCGCAUGAGAACCAGAGUAGCAGCCAAGACCAACCUCCUGGGAAUCAUGCCAGACGAGCUGAAGCACAUCAUCGGGGCGGACACCACGCGCAAGGGCAUCCUGCGGGUCUUCGAAAUGUUCCAGCACCAGCAGCUGAACCGCCGCCUGGCCUACGUCUUCCUCGAGGGCUUUUUGGAGACCAUGUUCCCACAGUACAAGUUCCCCGAGCUGUUCGUCAAGCUGCACUCGCGCUCGCCACGCAUGCGCGCCUUCCAGCAGAAAGUCCGCAGCCUGCAGAAGAGGUGACAGAUCCGAGCGCAGCCACCGGGAUGCGCAACUCGCCGAACGGGAGGGACCGGCCCACAGUGAGGCCGGAGCGCGGGCCAGGGCAGGGGGGGCGGUGUGUGUGUGUGGGUGGGUGUGCAGUACGUACGCUUGCGUGGGUGUGUGUGUGUUUGUGAGUGUGUGUGUGUGUGUGUGUACUGUUUGGGAACCUGCUUGGAUUGUACGGCCCCCCGCCGCCUUCUCCUCCUGGCCCUCCCUAAAAUCUUCCCUGUUCUCAAUAGAAGCACUGUUGUAUCGAUGCAUAGAGGAGGAGGCUGUAGCAUAGAGGAUCCAUGUUUUUAUAGCAUUGUGGAGCGUCCAUUCAAACACCUACACGUCUAAAAGUACCACUAAGCAGAGACUGCAGUGCCUGACCUGUACCGUCAGCAUUCAGUAUUUUGUUUGUUUGUUCGUUUGUUCGUUUGUUUGUAUGUGUGUGUGUUCGUUUGUUUUCUUUUCUUUUUUUCUUCUUCUUUUUUGAUUUUUAACUUUUGGGAAGAAGUUGCAAUGUGGGACGAUUCCCUCUGGAACGUUGGAACGGUUGGCAGUGAUUAGCAUGUCCGCGGAAUAUAUGAAGAGGAUAUGUUAAAGGUGUUGAAGGUAAAGAGCGUCCUGAGGAAUAGAGCAUUAUACUGUAUGUAUGUUUUAAACACAACAAAAAAAAGACAAAAAGAGAAAGAUGAUGGACGGAGGGAGCGCUAACUGACACCCGUCACGUCGCUUCCACCCGCCAGAGAUUUCUAAGCUAAGAUUAAGAUCAAGAUUACGUUUUAAGGGGUCUGACAGGGUGGGUUUUAAUUGCACCGUACGUCACCAAAUGUUCUUUUACCUGCAUCCAUUUCUAUUCUACAUCUGAUGACACGUUUUUAAACAAUUUAGUAACAUACAGCUCUGGAAAAUAAAUAAAUAAGAGACCACUUAAAAAAAUGAUGAGUUUCUUAGAUUUUACCAAUUUUAAAACCUUAGGAUUGUUAAUCAAGAGAAAAAUGGAUGAUCACAAGUCAUCAAACCACCAAGCUGAACUGCUUGAAUGUUUAUCCAAAAGCAGUGUGUAAGACUGGUGGAGGAGAACAUGCCAAGAUGCAUACAAAAAAAAGGUUAUGCCACCAAAUAUUGAUUUCUGAACUUUUUAUUUUUCUGCAAACACAUGCUCUGAAUGACAAUAUUUUUUUUUAUUUGGAAUUUGGAGGAAAUGUUGUCUGAUUUUACUCAAACAUUUACCUAUAAAUAGCUAAAUCAAAGAAGAAACUGAUUCAGAAACUGAUUCUGAAGUGGUCUCUUCAUUUUGUCCAGAGCUGUAUAUGUAUCUAUAUAAAUUGCAGCACUGAAAUCACGAAGGCUUUAAAAGUUCACAAUUCUAUUAUCUCGCAGUCCUAUUGGUGGAAGGCACAGUGGGCGGAGCUGAGCGUCCAGGACACACCCCUCAUUAAGAGGUGCCUGUUUUCUUUUGGUUUGUUACUUUUUUGGUUUAUUGGUUUGUUUUAUUAUUUUUAUUUUAUGAUCUAAUCAGUCAGCAGUUCUGAUUUAUUUUGCAGUUAGAGUUAGGAGUUAUCCCAAAGGCUGAGGGAGGGCUAUGGUUUUCCAGAACGUUACAGUGUGAAAGUGUAAAGUGUAACUGUGUCUGAAACCGAAACCUGUCCACAGCGGGUCCUGGUAGGAAUAGAGGAAUAAGUUUUAGCAUCAGAGUAACAUGUGGGAGCCCAAUCAUACAAAAGUCCAAGAGAUGUGCUUUAAAGAAUGUACCUUGUCUCUCGUCCAGAUUGUUCUGUUUAUUUUCUAUUUUUAUUUUAUUUUAUCAUAUUUUUAAACUCAGUUCAGACACUGGGGUGUGUGUACACGUACACGUUCUGUGUGUUUUUUUUUUUUUUUUUAAUAAUAUAAAUACUAGUACACUAUUAGACAUGUGUAGCACUACGAUGCAACCCUGUUGGAGUGUGUCUGUGAGUGUGAGUGCCAGUGCCAGUUUAGAAGAUCAGCCUUAAUUCUGCGACCAAGAGACGUAUGAGAGGUGUGUGUGUGUGGGUGUGUUAGUGAAUAAGAGAGAAAGAGAGAGAGUGUGUGUUUGUAUGUGAAAGAGAGAGAGAGAGAGAGAGAGAGAGAGAGAGAGAGAAAGUGUGUGCUAUAAGUAAGUAGCUUCUCUUAAUAAAAAAAAAAAAUAAACAAAAUAAAUAAAAUACAGUACAGGCCAAAAAUUUGGACACACCUUCUCUUUUUCAAUGCGUUUUCUUUAUUUUCAUGACUAAUAUUUGCAUUGUAGAUUCUCACUGAAGCAUCAAAACUCUGAAUGAACACGUGGAAAAAUGGCGAAAUAACUAAAAAAAAAAAAUUAUAUUCUAGUUUCUUUAAAAUAGAAAAUAGCCCCCCUUUGCUCUGAUUACUGCUUUGCACACUCUUGGCAUCAUUCUCUCAAUGAGCUUCUUUUAAGAGGUGGCCACCUGAAAUGUAAAAAGUUUUCCAACAGUCUUAAAGGAAGGAAGGAGUUCCCAGAGGUGUUUAUUAGCACUUGUUGCCCCUUUGCCUUCUUCACUCUGUGCUCCAUCUGGAUUGGGUUCAGGUCCGGUGACUGUGGAGGUUCAGCUCAUUAUUUAUUAAGUACAUAAAACUCCACAUGUGUUCAUUCAUAGUUUUGAUGCUUCAGUGAGAAUCUACAAUGUAAAUAUCAGUCAUGAAAAUAAAUAAAGAAAACGCAUUGAAUGAAAAUGGGAAGGCGUGUCCAAACUUUUGGACUUUUGACACACACAUAAUAUUAAAGCUAUCCAAACACUUAAACCUAAACACACUUUUUUUUUGUUUGUUUGUUUUUAAUUUUGAGAGAAUAUGUUCGCUCAAUUCUGUGCAAUAUUUUUAGCUUUCUUUAUAAUUCUAGCAUGUUUUGAAUAAUAAUUGUAUUCGGAGGUGUUUGAGAGUGAGGAAGAGGAGGAGGAGGAGGUGGUGAUGAUGAUGAAAUAAUCCAAAAAUACCCAAAACAACCUACAUUCCGUUGUUGUAAGUCACUCAUCUUAUAUAAGGACUUGUUUUAUAAGUCUGAUUUUUUUUUUUUUUUUUUUUGUUAUUUUUAAUUUGUCUUAUUCCCAGUGAACAAAGUGUUUCCUUCACCAUGGAUGUCAUUCAUCCAUGCAUGGCUUACUCGCUCCUCGAGAAGGAGAAGGAUUAUUAUAUUGAAUCAGUACGGAUCGAUCACUACAUGUAAAGCAGCCCCUGUACUGGCUGGUGAGGCCUGGCUUUGGGUUGGAUUUGGGUUUACUUGGGUUUACACCGAAUGUUUUAUAUAUUUGGCAGCCAAAAUUAUUUGCACUUGCGGUAUUUUAAUACAUUCUAAUAAAAUCAGGACAAAAAUACAUUUAGGCUAUUUCAUUAAUAAAGUGAUUAAAAAAAAUGUAAUAAGGUAAUAUGCCUGAUUGGUGUGGCACAGUGAGCUACCAAAUUGUGUAAGAGACUCCGGUUCAAUUCCCGUUCUGGGUGACUAAAUGCUGUGCUUCACCAGUAAUAGAAAUAACCUUGUAAAUCGCUCUGGAUUAGAUUGUCAGCUAAAUUCUAAAAAAAAAUAAUAAUAAUAAUUAAAAGUAAAUUUAAAAUGUAACCUGUGUUCGAUAUGCAGUAUUCAUCUUUCAGCCAAAUGUUUCAUUUUAAUCGGUUUAUGUAGGGCUGGCCUGAACAGCAUUUUACAGCAGUUUCAAACAAUAGUCAUUGGUUUUUCAUUUGUUUCAUGUAUCUGAGGAGUGUUUUCACAUCUGUCUAGUUUUUUUAUCCAGUUGGAAUUAGUUAACAAGUUAACAUAUUUUAAGUAUUUUCGUCUUGGUUUGGUUUGUUUUCACACAAGAGAAAAAUUCUAAAAUCAUAUCAUAAAUCAUGUAAGGACACUGUCUCUCAUUGAACAGUAAGAAGGUCCUGUGUUCUGGAUUAGUGCAGUUUUUUUUUUUUCACAGCUGUAGUAAUCACUGUAGUAAUCACCUGGCUAAUAAAAACUGGAUUAAACUGGCAACAGGAGCCAUUUAGCUCAAAUGUAGUUGGGUAUGAUCACAUUUUCACCUCAAAUGAACCGUUUUAGAGAAUUAAAAAAAAAAAAAAAUUGGGGGGGGGGGGACCAGAGCGAGACCACUUUCUCUUACUUUCUCUCAAGAGGUCUCAGUGCAAAUGUUUUUGGUCCACAUUUUGCAUGUACUUUCUUAACACCUGUUGAAACUAAUUACACAAAACAAGUGUGAAUUCAAAACUGAAAAACUGAAAAGUACAGGUGUGAAAACACGCUAAGAUCUUGUUUCUAAAACCACACUUCCACACUUAAAACAGUAUUUACUUGUUAUUAAGAGUUCACCAGUAAAGUGUUUUUGUGGCUAUUCUGGUCUUUUUUUUAAAAGUCAUAAACAAAGUCAAAUUCUUUUUUAAGUUAUUUUAAGAGAGAGGCACAUUUCUGAUACUUUCAAUUAGCAAAAUAGCUGACUUUUGUGUUCACUGCUCUUUCAAGAUCUAUCUAAAGAUCAUUCUAAAUCAUUCUUUCCUCCACUGGUGAUGGUCUAAAGUGCUGCCACUUUAUAUCAGUAUAUGGCACUCUUUCUUUCCCCUCAUCACUCUUAGGGUGAUGUGGAUCAGCGCAAGGCUGCGUCUGUGAGCUGCUGUAUCAGAAACGAGUCCUCCGAGCGUUAACGCUGUGCUGCUACUCCGCAAUGCUGCAUCAGCAGCAGCUCAAAAAGAGGAGGAGUCUGACUUCACAUGUGUCGGAGGAGGCGUGUGCUGGUCUUCUUAACCCUCCUGGUGUUGGGGAACUAGUAAUAGUGCCAAAAAACAUCUGAUAGAUGGACUAAACAUUUGAUCACAAUAAGUAAAAGUCAUGGGUAAAUUAGUGAAAUAAAGUGUCUGUGAAUCACGGAAUUCAACUGUGUAUAAAUUAAUCUCAAAAAAGCAGUGCAUGCAAGAGCUGUGUAUUAAAAAAUACAAAGAAAUUAGUUCAUUAAUGAUUAAUAUGUCCAGGAGCCGCAACAGUAUAACAUUUUAGACUGGUGAAAGUGAAGGUGCAAAUGAACGGAAAUCAGCUGCGUGUUUUCUACAUAAUUUAGUAUUUCCUUGGUUUUCUUUCUUAGUUUUAUUGGAAAUUUGGAAAGUAGUGGUUUAUUAUAUUCUGAAAACAUGAAAUUUUAGAAAAACCUAAUGAAGAAACUUGCUGAGUACCAUCUUACCGAAUUAAUUCUAUAGAGUAUUGAAACUAUUCAGGCCAGCCCUAAACUAAUACAGUUCUUAUUAUAAGUUAUUAGACUUCUAGAGGAUAUUCCCAUCCGUAGAGCAAAGUCAACAUAAAGAUGAUCUCUGGGACGCUGGUCUGGAAAAUCUGAUAAAUAAAAAUUUUGAACUAGAUAGCACUUAGUGUAUCUCCUUCAACUGAGGGUUUCGUAAAGAGUUCGUCUGAUCGAAUUAUCGUCCCGCAUGCUUUGACACUGUGUGGCUAUCAUUUGCAGCACCAAGCGGUUUCGACCACUCCUGAUUGGUCUGUAAGUGGCUUGAGUCUGCUCCGACUGGCUAUUAAUCAGCUGCAGCCUUCUGUGAUUGGUUAAAGUGAUGCUACAGUGCACCGGCAUAAGCUUUAACCACCUCUCUUACUGAACAACGCACUCCGACUGUAACCUUUAAACUCAGUAAACGGUUCUCUGUGAUGCAGGACUGCUCGUUUCUGUUAUUUCUAUGUUUUUUGUUGUUUGUUUGUUUUUUUAAUCCCUGUACGUAUGAAUCUAUGAUAAUUCAUUGUGCAUAUCAGUGUACAGUAUGUGUCAACAGUGUGCCUAAAUGUACUGUCAAUUAUAUUUUCUUAUUUUCUUUAACAAACAAACGAGGAAAAGAAAAGAAAUCAAGCCGAAUGUCAUGGUCAACCUCAAUAGACUGAAGAAGGACUCUCAAAUGGGUUUUGAGUCUUUGCGUCUUGCUUCUAAGAUCUUCAUUUCGAGCAGCAGAACUGAGUAUAACACUAAUAAAACUUUAACUCUGACUAACUCA